AUGACACUACCGGUGCCAUAUGGGUGGGACACAUACACUGUGCUGGCCGCCUGGCUGCUGCACGAGAGGGCCAAGGGCGCUGCGUCCCCCUGGGCGCUCUUCCUGCGCUCGCUGCCCGCCUACGUGCCCCUGCCUGCUCUCUUCCCCCAACAGCUCAUCGACCAGUUUGAGUACUGGCCGAUCGUUGACCAGUGUCGUUGCUCGCUACCUCUCCUCUCCGUUUCGCAUCUCCCAUGUCUCCCCCCUUCCCCUCCUUCUCUCCCCUCCUCCGCCCACCCUUACCACAGGCCAUGCGCCACGCGUCUCAAGGCAGCAUAUGCGGACCUGUACGAUCGCUGCAACAGCAACCCCACCACCAUCGUCCAUGCCUAUUCCCUCCUUUUUUCCCUCUGCUCCCCAUCUCCCCCCCGCACUCCACCACAGGCCACGCGGCUCAAGGUGGCAUAUGCCGAUCUGUACGACAGAUGCAACAGCAGCAAUCCCGCUGCCAUCGCCAACGCCACUCGCUCCGAGUUCUACUGGGCGCUCACUAUAGUCACAUCGCGCUGCUUCACCUUCUCGCCUUCAAUGCGCGCCCGUGGGGGUGGGGAGGAGCAGCAGGCGGAGGGUGCGGAAGGGGCGGAAGGGGGCAGGGAUGGGAGUGCAGAUGGGGCAGAAGUAGCAGCAAAUGUAGUGGAAGCAGUAGCAACAGAAGAGGCAGGAGGGGAGUCAGAGGAGGGGAGUACUAGCAGCAGCAGCAACAGUGGUGGCAGUGGCAGGAGAGCGGAGGAUUGGUAUGCCACGUCAGCAGCCAUGCUCCCAUUCGCUGAUCUGUUCAACCAUGAUUACUACCCCAACAUGGGGUGGAAGCUCUCAGGCGACCACUUCCUCUUCACGACCUACCAGGCCAUCGAGAAAGGAGAGCCGCUGAGCAUAUCAUACGGACCCAAGCCCACCAUUGACAUGGUGGCGGAGUAUGGCUUCGUGCCUUCAUACAACCCUUAUGACACUGUCAUCCUCUUCCCCAGGUGA